AUGAUUGCCAACAAACUUUUAGGUGGCUACACGCCACUUAUGAUGGCAGUUGAUAAAGAUGACAUAAAUCUUGUCAAGUCUCUCGCCCCCAGCUCAAAACUCGAAGAUUUUGAUGAUGUGAAUUUUAAUUAGAAAGGAGACACAGCACUCUCAAUCGCUGUAAAACUCGGAAAUAUACAAAUUGUCAAAGAACUAUCUAAAAACUCUGACAUAAACCAAUGCAAUAAGGUAAAAUAACUUUAGGCUGGGCAAAAUUUAGUAUUUCUAGCAUGCUGAUAUAAUAGAAGAGAUAUCCUAAAAUAUUUAAUCGAAUUAGGCGCAGAUAUUAAUAAAGAGGAUUGCCGUCAAUGGACCCCACUUAUGGUUUCAGCUUAUAACAGCCAUAAAGAAAUAGUGGAAAUUCUGAUACGAAAUGGUGCUGAUAUCGAUAAAUGUGAUUGUGUAAACUUCUAUUUAGUAUGGAAAAAAAGCAAUAGAUCGUGCAACUAAUGAAGAAAUCAGAGACUUUUUAUCGUUAAAUUCUUCAAGAAAAGCUGAAUCAAGCCUUCAUAAAUCUUUUAAUGAUGAGUUAUCAUCAAGAAAUUUUUUACAAAAAAGUUUAUCAUAUAUCCAACUAAUGUCACCAAAAGACAGGCAAAAAGGAAUUUUGUAUUCAAAAAAUCAAAAAAAAAGAAAUUUUCGUUCAAGAAGUGUGGAUUUAAGUUUAGUUGUAGGGGAUGUGCCAGGCAAACGAAAAGCGAUUAAAAAUAAUAUAAAAUCAAGGGUGCAGCUAGUUUCAAGUGCUUUUGGAGAUCAUAUUAACCAUAUUUGGACAGAAAUUGCUCGAGAAAGAUUGGAAAUUGGGCUGGUUAAAAUGCAAGAAUAUAUCGAAAUUGAAGGGGAUAGGAUCGGGAAAAGAGUCGAAAAUAAGCUGUGAGGAAAACUAGAAGAAACCUUGAAGGAGAUUGAAACUGGGAACUUUUUAAGCCAAAAUUCAGAAAUUGAUGCAAAGUCAAUAAACCUCCGAUACAGAAAUGAAUCAGAAAAUCAUAUAGAAAUUCCUUCAAAAAUCAAUGAAAACGAAAAAUCUUAUCAUGAGAUUUCAACUGCUGUCCAAUCCCAACUCCAAGAAAUCCAGUCAGAAACAGUAUCUUCUCUAUGCCAGCAAUAUUCUGACCUAACUGCUCGUCUUGAAACUGAUUUGCAAGAAUCUAUUCAUAAGAUGGUAAACUCAAUGACCCCUCUUAAUACCUCUCAAAAAACAUUAGUCGAGUCUAAUUAUUCCUUAUAAUAUUAAAUAUAGCCUAUUUUUUCCAAAUUUAAGCUAUUUAAAGCACAAAUGUAUACGAUUUCAUCGAACAAGUCUCCAAGGCCUACUCCAAAAUUGCUCCAAAAAAGACCAUAAAUCUCCUUACAAAGCCUGAAGACUUAAAAUCAAAAUCCCCUCCAUCGCUGAGGAACACUGAAGUCCUCCAAGAGUUUCUUAAACGUAAAUUUUAG